AUGAACAAGCACCAGAAGAAUUCUCUGAGCAGAGCUGCUAAAAGGCAAUGUGGAGGUACUGUUGGUGCAAUUCUGACAUGUCCACUGGAAGUUGUGAAAACACGAUUGCAGUCCUCCUCUGUGACUCUCUACAUCUCUGAAGUCCAUCUCAACACUGUGAAUGGUGCUAGCGUCAAUCGAGUAACUAGAGUUUCUCCUGGACCUCUCCAUUGUUUGAAGAUGAUCUUGCAAAAGGAAGGUCCUCGUUCUCUGUUCAGAGGGCUGGGUCCUAAUUUAGUAGGCGUUGCUCCUUCCAGAGCCAUAUAUUUUGCUGCUUACUCAAACUGCAAGGAAAAGUUGAACAAUAUUUUCAAUCCAGAUUCUACCCAGGUACACAUGAUUUCAGCUGGUGUGGCAGGUUUUACUGCGAUCACAACAACUAAUCCCAUUUGGCUAGUAAAGACACGAUUACAGCUUGAUGCAAGGAAUCGUGGAGAAAAGCGAAUGAGUGCUUUUGAAUGUGUCCGAAAAGUUUAUCGAUCAGAUGGUAUUAAAGGCUUUUACAGAGGAAUGUCGGCAUCCUACGCAGGCAUAUCUGAGACUGUUAUUCAUUUUGUUAUUUAUGAGAGUAUUAAGAGAAAACUACUGGAGUAUAAGACUGCUUCUGCCAUGGACAAUGAGGAUGAAUCGGCAAAAGAAGCUUCAGACUUUGUUGGAAUGAUGAUGGCUGCUGCCACUUCCAAAACUUGUGCAACAUCAAUAGCGUAUCCCCAUGAGGUUGUACGAACAAGACUAAGAGAAGAGGGAACAAAAUACAGAGCUUUCUUCCAGACACUAUCUUUGCUUGUGCGAGAAGAAGGGUAUGGAUCCCUCUACCGAGGUUUAACUACACAUCUGAUCAGACAGAUUCCAAACACGGCUAUCAUGAUGUCAACCUAUGAAGUGGUAGUCUACUUGCUCGAUGGAUAGCAGUGUGACAAGGCUUCCUAGAAGAAGGUGGAAGAUGGAAAGACUGGAGUGGACCACUGAAUGUCAAUGCCAAUGUGGUGGGCAAAAGGAAAGUUGUAUCAGGAACACGCAGCUAUGGACAAAACAGAAGGUUGAUUGUGGGCAACUGAAUAAUUUUGCUGCCUUAUUGUAUGGUCUCUUGGCAAUGUGACAAAUGGGAACUGCCCCUUAGGGAAUGCCUUUAUACAUCUCUUAAUUCAAAAUUGUUACUCUCUUUUCAUCUGUUAGUCUAGACAAGGCCAUUCAGUCAUCUUCAGAGACCUGAUGGGUGAGGGAGGGGGCGUAAAAUAUAUUCUUGGGCAGCCUUAUUCACUUCUCUUAGUGAUUGCUCUCAACUACAUCCUUUUUGUUCUGUUUUACUGCACAGUAACCUGUUGGAAGAAUGGGGAAGACAGUACUUUUAUACCUUUCCAUACCUAAAACUUCCAUUCAGUUGCUCUGAAGAUUCAUAAAGAGACUGAGGUAGUAGUCAGUGUGUAAAGUUUUCCAUGUUGCUACCUCAAGACAAAAUAUGGCGCAGGGACCCAAGCAGAGUUAUUUCUUCACUACAAAAGGUGAUACUUGUGUUUUGGUUUUUUUUAAGUUUGAGCAGUAUUGUAGGUUAGUGAGAGAGGAUCUGACUGUUGAACUCUUCAGGCUAUCAAUCUGUUAAAAUUGGUGUAUGUGGAUUUUUAGUUCUGCCACAUCAUCCUUUUUCUUUUCUGGAACUUUCCUUCUUUAAGUAAGAGACACCUAUGAAAUGUUCUCCUAUAUCAUCAGUUUUCCUUGCCAAUCUGUCAGGUCACUUACACAGCUAAGGAAGAACCUGCUGAAUGCUACUUCAUAGCCUUUUUAAGGAUUCGUAAUGUGAUGAGAAAUCUCAACCAGUCCAGCCUACUAUUUGUGAAGACAGGAUUCACUCAAAUAGUUUCAUGCUACCUAAGAACAAGCUGUAUUACCCUAAAAUGUCUGGCAAAUCCUGACUGGGAUUACCAGUAUCUAUAUGGGAGAACACAUCACCAUGGCUAAGGUGACCAGAAAGCAGAAAACAGUUGUGAUCUUUUCAGUGCAGACAGCCUCUGUGUAGAACAAUGGAGAAAAUUGUAAUUAAGACUUUUCUUGUAAGCAUUCCCCUUGAUAAUUGCUGUAUCACUUCUUCCAACUUGAGCCUGUGUACUGAACUGCAGCUGACAGUAUAACCUUGUCCUCCAAAUUAUCUGAAUGUUCAGGCAUUGUUUUUGUUGUUCUAUAAGGCAAUUGCAAAACAAUGCUUUGCAUUCAGCAGUGAGGCUUAGCUAGUUUAUUCUGCCAUAAUUUACAGGGUUUUCCAAAACCAUACAGCUGGAGUGUCAAAAUCAGAAGCUUAAUGUUACAAGAACUUGUACAGCUUUCCAAACAGAUAUCUUAUCUUUUAUCUGCACCUUGAGUACUUCUCAGUCUGCAUCCAUGAUCCUUAUGAGGAAGAUGAUCAUUAUAAAUUGGGGGCAAUAGCUUUCUACAUAUAAAUGCUGCUACACUGGUGUGGACAGAACUGUGCUAUCAACUCUUCCAGUGUGGUACUUCAGUACAUUUAAACUGUGCGUUGUGUGCAAUGGCUUUAUUUUAUGAAUGACUCCUUAUGCACUUUGUGGCCUUCUUAUGGCUUGUGACUUUUCUUCCUCUUACUGGUUAUCUGUAGUCAAUCUGUGUUCAGAACAUGCAGUUUGGUUUUAAACAAAGCAUGUGGUUUGAUUUCUGUGUAAGCUGUGCAGGGUAAAACAUUUUAUGCUCUAGAUCCAUAGCAUCUCUGUUGCAGUAGUUCUGUAGGCUGUAUGUAAAAGCUCAAAGCUUACAGAACAAUCAGUCUGGGUUUUUCUCACUUGCUCUCCUUUAUUUUGACCAUUGUCAUGUUCUCCACACAGUGUCAGAGUAUUUGAGUACUUCAUGUAAUUCUCUGUACUAAUUGCUCAUCCUUCUAAAAGCCACCUAUAGUAUGUACAGCAACCUUGCCGUGGAGGCUUGGCUGUAUUGACGUCCUUCUCCUUGGAAAAUGUUUUCUUACCUUUUUAAAGACAGAUAGCAUGGUCUGUGAUGUGACCAAAGGUGAACUUGAUUGUUUUAAAGAAGUGAGGGGAGUGCUUAAACGUGUGUUCUAAAGUGGGCUUUUUCUAGUGAUCUCUCUAGGAAAAGUCUGGAGUAUUCAUGACUCUGAGCUAAGUCUUGCUGUGAUGCCAUUGUUCAGAUAACUAAGUGCAGGAAUAGCUACUUACUGUAAUUUUUGUUCUGUAGAAAGUGGAUGUACUCUUCAGGCUAUCCAGAUUAUUCAGCCAUAGCCAAAAUGUAAAUUGGCAAAGACAUUAUUCAGCUGUGGAGUUCAGGAAUACAAUUAACAUUUGGAUUAGCCUAGGCUUCAUGAGAGUUACUCUCCUCUGUUUAUUGGAUAUGUUCUCCCUUGGUUACGUGUUCAUCUCCCGUUAAUUCACUGGGUACCGUGUGUGUGCCUUGUCUGGGUGAGAGCAGACCCCCUGGAGUUGCUAAGUAGAAAAUCUUAACUAAGACAACUGAAUAUGGGAGACAACAGCUAAAAAUAGACAAUCAGCUUAUUAUUCCACCUUUUUAAUGGGUGUUUAAGCAGUGUUUUAAACUUCAGGGGUGAUCUUCUUUUUGGCUUGCUUUACAUAACAAAACAUAAACCCAAAGUCUCUUGAGAUUUUUUGUUAUUUUUAAACUACCAGUACAUACAAAGUUACCUCUGAAAUAUUUCCCAAAGAUCUUUAAAUUAUUUAUAUAAUUUUCUUGAUAUUUAUUAUAAAAACUCAAAGGGAAUAAGAAGAUGCUACAUUCAGUAAUAUCCUUAACUACAGAACUGAAAGGAGUGCAUUUAAACUUUCUUGUAACUUAGAUGGUCAUCCUGAUUUAUAUUUGAAUGUAGUGUAUUUAUGUCAUACUUUUCUGUGCUAGAGGCAAAGGUCUUGGAUGUCUGAAAAACUCUCAGUAAUUAAUUGGUUUCCUCAUAUUUCCCUUGCCUAGACGAAACUUAAAUGUUAUUGCGAGCUGUUAAUUUUGACUCGGCAACCGGUUAGAUUUGGGAAACACUGUGAGACUGCGGUUUCCCAAAGCAGUCAAAAGAUGGCACUGGAGCAUGCAUUCAUCGGAGGGAAAAGGGGCUCCUCUGCUAGGGUCUGGCCAGCUCGGUGCCUUACGGUGCACUGGCUGUCACUGAGUGCCCGUGGCAUGUUGGGGGGACGUGGCAAGGGUGGCCCGAGUUUGGAAAGCCAUAAAAAAAACAGAUUUCAGUGAAUGCAGUUGCAUUUCACAGCCCCUCUAUUACCCGUUUGGUCCCUGUAGCGCCGUAUGAAAACAGGCAAGUUUUGUGUUGCAGAGGGCUGAGCCCAGCCUUCAAACCGACUGACAUAUCUGCUGUUUCUGUCUGAGUUUCCGAUCUGCUAGCCUGUGUUGUUUUAAGUAGGUUUACACUAGGGAUUUAUGGAGUUUUUUGGUUCUUUUAAUUGUAACUGAAACAUCAACCUGUCCACUUGUACAUUGACAUUGCACCUAUCUAGUUCCCUGUUUACAUAAUGCACUCCAUAUAUUUCCUUUCUGAUUGAGAUGUUUAUUAAUGACAGUUUCUGCUAUUCUGUUUUUGUUCUUAUAAUGACAUUUGUAACAUUCCUCAGACUGUAGCAUUUUAAAAGAAUGCUUCCAGAGACAAAAGAUUGGAGAGCCUUUAUAAAUGUUGCUUCCUGUUUAAACUGUUUAAAUUCAGAAAACAAGCUGAACACUGCAGUGUGCCUGGGUAAAUGUACUACUUCUUUCAACUUUGUCUGUUAAGACUCAGUUAUGUAAGUUUUCAGUUCUUCUAUUUGAGAGUCUGCCUACCCUGCAUAUGUGAACAUAAUUAUGCCCUUGGAGUCAUAGCUAAACACUCACAAGUGACAGUUUGAGAAUACUUCAGUGCUCAUGUGAGGUUUGCUAUUAUUCUUGCAUACAUGUAGUUGGCUGUAAACUAUGUGCAUUUACUCUGUAUUUAUAUAGUUAACUUUUUUGUUUGGAUUGCUUUAAACUUCAAAGCGAAUUAAAAUUAUGUGCUUCUAUUCAAACG